AUGAACUCAAAUAACAAUAAUACAUUACGAUAUUUUUACUCAGGCAAUGAGACUAUUACUCGGCUUGAUGAAUUGUACCUAAUGGAACAACAUAACGAAUCUGCCGACAUUUGGUCCGAUUUCGUUGACGGAUCCUAUUUUCCUAUAUUAAAUGAAAAAAACGUCUUGCUUGAUUCACAUCGCAGUUUUGAUUCUGAUAUUCCAAUAAUCGAGAUCGAGUUCACACCUGAUUUACCUAACCCCUCGACAAUUGAUAACGAUAACGAUAAUGAUAAUGAAAUGUUACAGGUCGAUCAACACUUGGAGGAUCAACAAGACGAAGUUUCUUCAAGCGUAGCGCCCGAAUC